AGUAAAGGAGAGGCCGGAAAGGCAGCUGGAUGUGUCUGUCUGUCAGUGGGAGCUGUCUGAGCGCGGCGCGCAUCAGCGAUGUGCGCACACUUCCACCGCGGAGGAGAAGAAGAAGAAGAAGAAGGAGGAGAAGGAGCGCGCUUUGGAGCCCAGCUGGAAUCAAAUCCGAGGCAGCAGCUUCGGGAAGGAGCGCCGGGGAGUGCGUGGCGCUGCGGGCGGGCCUGCUUUUGGCGGCGGGGGGAGGCUGGGGGGUGUGUUGUGAUGAGUUUCUGAGAGAUUUCAAGUGUGGCGCUGACAGUCGGACGGUGGAGCGUUUAUGAGCGCAGACGGGAGCGCGGCGCUGUGCCACCGGAGCGGACGGAGCCGAAACCCCGCAGUUUGCGCUCUGCGUCGCCGCUCCGUGAGUUCCAGCGCAACAAAAGGAGGCAGUUACUUAUUUUUGAAGCUUGAAAUCAUCACAAAAACAUAACCAGAUUUUGAUGGGAACUCUGCAAAAAGAACCAGAUACAGUUUUUUGUUGUUUUUUUUAAUCGGAGCUAAAGGACAAUUCCCUGCGCUGUCAGAAUUUCCCCAAAGGACAUUUUUCUCAUAAGAGAUUUUUUUUUUAAAAGUAACCAUCAACAUCCUGCGUGGAAGCUCCUCUAAAUUAGUUUUUUUUCCCGUCUAUUUUGAUCCCCGCAUGAAAAGUCCAGCGGGAAGUCCUGCAGCAGCAUGCCGAGGAGAAAGCAGCAAGCCCCGCGGCGCUCAGCAGCUUAUGGACCUGAAGAUGAUUUAAAGUUGGACAAGACCGAAGAUGAGGAGCACCUACAGGAUGAUGGACUUUCCCUUGAUGGUCAAGACACAGAGUUUCUUUUCAAUGACGACGAGGACCCAAAAGAUCGGUUUAGUUGUCAGAACUCGCCACUCAGCAAUGGUACUAAUCCAGAUGCUGGGUAUGCCUCUCCUCUUAGUACCACCAGUGAUCAACUGGUGGACCUCAAGACCACCACCUCAACUUUCAGUGAUCAGGACAGGACGGAGGAGAAGCUUGAAGACGGUAGUGAGUCCAUCAAUAGCCUCUCACUACAGGACAGUCUAGCCAAAAUGAAAGCUGUCUAUGCAAACAUGAUUUCAGAGAGCUCCUGGUCCAGCAUUGCCCUGGAUGUAUUUAAAAGUAAGCAAGCAAACAACUUCACAGCAACCAAUGGAAGUGGUAGCGACCAUAAAGGCAGCAACGGGCUUCCUAACAGUCACAGUUCAGGAGGGAUCCAUGUGAAGAACAGAUGUAGCAGUAACAGCACCCCAGCCACCUCUAACAUUACUACCAGCAGCACUUCUACGAGAAUGGCUUCAAGUCACAGCAGCAACGGCAUCAAUGUGAGCUCCAGCAGCGCAGGAGGGCUAACGUAUGACUGGCACCAGGCUGCUCUGGCUAAAACUCUUCAGCAUACCCCAUACCAACUCCUUCCUGAGCCCAGCCUUUUCAGCACCGUGCAGCUUUACAGACAAAACAAUAAACUUUAUGGCCCAGUGUUCACUGGAGCCAGCAAGUUUCGAUGCAAGGACUGCAGUGCAGCCUAUGACACUUUGGUCGGUCUGACUGUCCAUAUGAACGAGACCGGCCACUACCGUGAUGACAACAAAGACUCAGAAGAUGAUCGGAGCAAGAAAUGGUCCAAACCAAGAAAGCGUUCCCUCCUGGAGAUGGAGGGGAAAGAGGAUGCACAGAAAGUUUUAAAGUGUAUGUAUUGUGGCCACUCCUUUGAAUCCCUGCAAGAUCUCAGCGUUCACAUGAUCAAAACAAAACACUAUCAGAAAGUGCCUCUAAAAGAGCCGAUGCCCGCCCUUACCUCAAAGCUGGUACCCCCGACCAAAAAGAGGGCAUUUCAGGAGCUGAUAUCUCCAAGCUCCCCAGAGUCUGUAUCCUCUGGCAUACUCUUGGGAGAAUCCCCCAAAGACCAAAAGGUAGUUAAUCCCUAUGUCACCCCUAACAAUCGAUAUGGCUAUCAGAAUGGUGCAAGCUAUACUUGGCAGUUUGAGGCGCGAAAGGCCCAAAUUCUCAAAUGCAUGGAGUGUGGCAGUUCACAUGACACUUUGCAACAACUCACAGCUCACAUGAUGGUCACGGGACACUUUCUUAAAGUCACAAAUACAGCCUCAAAGAAAGGAAAGCAGCUAGUGUUUGACCCUCUAAUUGAGGAGAAAAUUCAGUCAAUUCCUUUGCCUCCGACGACAGCACGGCUCCCCGCGCCCAAUGGCACCUCACCUCUGAAUUCCCCAUUGCAGCUCUCUGGCCAUGAAGACAAACACGAGGAAGUCGGACAAGACGAGAUGGAGCAAAAUAAUUUUGAAGCGGAUCACACUGAGAAAAAAAUUAAAGAAGAGAAAGAAGAUCCCCCCGAAAAAAUUGAGAAACCUGUAAAGGCAAGAUCAUACCAGUAUCUUAGAGAGGAAGACUUGGAGGAGACGCCGAAAGGCGGCCUAGAUAUCCUAAAGUCCUUGGAAAAUACAGUCUCCAGUGCAAUCAGCAAGGCACAAACAGGAACUCCAACUUGGGGUGGAUAUCCUAGUAUUCACGCUGCCUACCAGCUCCAUGGAUCUUUGAAACCUACCCUACCCUCUUGCCCACAGGUUCAACCUCUGUUCAGCAGCACCAGUUUGAAGGCAAAGUCUAGUGAUACAAGCUCCUUGAUCCAUUCUCCACAUAGCCCAUCUCCCCCUCCAAGUCAAAAGAGCAAUGUGCUGGCAAUGGAGGAGCUGGUGGAAAAAGUCACUGGGAGAAGUUCUGUAAAGACGGAAAAGGAAGAAAAGUCACUGGAGAACAAAUGCAGGUCGGCAAAAUCACCCUUGCUGAAUCCUAAAGACAAACAGGUCUCGCCUAAUCCAGAAAACCUUUUAAAGACAAUGAAAGGUUCUGUAGCAGGAGAACAGGCUGAGCCAAAAGAGAAAGAACAUGACAAGUCAAAGGCUAAAAUAGAUAUAAAGAUAAAAAGUGAGAGUGACUCUCCACAAGCCACCAUGAGCAAUGGCUGCAGUAACCUCAAUAUUAUUACCGAUCACCUGCCUGAGCCUCCGCUUGUCAGCCCGCUCAGUGCUUUGCAGUCAGUCAUGAAUAACCACUUGGGGAAAGCUUCAAAAGUGGUGACCUCUUCAAUGGACCCCUUUGCCAUGCUUUAUAAAAUGAGCAACACCCCGCAAAGCAAACAAACAGAGCCAGUAAGCCAAUAUCAUGACACCGAUGAUGACCAACCCAUGGACUUAACAAAGUCCAAAAGUGGAAAUCGUACAACAGCCAAGCUAAGUUCUACAACGGCAAACAACUUCAACAAAACCAAACCAGAUUUUAAGAACUUCUCUCAAUCUUCAUCACCGCCUCUACGAGAAAAUGCUUUGAUGGAUAUUUCCGACAUGGUGAAAAACCUGACAGGCCGCUUAACACCAAAGUCUACAACCCCGUCGUCGGUCUCUGAGAAGUCGGAUAAUGACGGCUGUAGUGUGGAGGACAGCAUGGAGGAACUGUCCCCAAUUCAAAGACGGAAAGGCCGUCAGUCAAACUGGAAUCCUCAGCACCUCCUGAUUCUUCAGGCCCAGUUUGCUUCAACUCUCCGAGAGACUCCUGAAGGAAAGUUUGUCAUCAACGACUUGGGACCCCAAGAGCGGGUACACAUCUGUAAAUUCACAGGUCUGUCAAUGACAACUAUCUCACAUUGGCUGGCCAAUGUAAAGUACCAGUUAAAGAGGACAGGUGGAACCAAGUUCCUAAAAAACAUAGACUCCGCCCAGCCUCUGUUUUUGUGCAGCGACUGUGCUUCUCAGUUCAGGUCUCCGUCGUCCUACAUUCACCACCUGGAAUCCCACCUCGGAUUCACCUUAAAGGACCUGUCAAAGCUUUCCAUAGAUCUGCUAGAGCAGCAGGCGGUCAGCCGAUUGGAGGACAAGACGUUCGGCUCACCUGGGCUUGCAGACGAAGACACCGGCGCCGUCUACCAGUGCAAGCUGUGCAAUCGGACAUUUGUGAGCAAACACGCAAUCAAGCUGCAUCUUUGUAAGACACAUGGAAAGUCCACAGAGGACCAUCUCAUCUUUGUGAAAGAGCUGGAUAAGUGAGAUAAACAGUGAUUAUAGACUACUGUUGCACUAAAACUCUAAGCUACGAUCUGUCAUUAAAGAUGGUGUCACAAAUGUAUCACAAGAGAUUUGACGCCGUUUCCUUUUAUUUUGCUCAUUGUGAAAGACAGGUGUUUGCACUGCAGGGGCUCUGAGCCACAGUAUCAAAUCUUUUUGGGACAAAAAUCUAGGUGCAGCCAACAUGCCACUAUGAAGUAAGUAAAUGUUGAAUUUCUAUCCCACUGCAAUUUAUCUGAGCCUUUAGAAACAAACUUUUAAUUUCUUUGAAUUUUUUUUCCUGUUUGGUUUUCAAGCAUUUCUUAAAGAUAAACACCACCUGUGUUAAUAAGGCAUGUCUUGAAUUAAUGAAACAUCCCUUUUAUGUUUCUUUAAACCCCAUCAACAAUGUGAAAGUCAAGGAUUGCUUUAGUCAAGUUUGAAUCUAGUUGUAAAAAGUAGAUGGUAAAAUGUUUUUUUUUUUAACAUUGAGGAUAUUUUUAUUUAUCAAAUUUUCCCAAAACAGCAUCCGCUUUUAGUUCUCAUGUACUCAAUCAAAAAUGGACAAAAUUCAGUGUUUUUCAUGAAUAAGUUGAAAGAAUUGUCACGAUGUUUGUCAUUUAUUUUCCUCCAAAAUGAUGUAAUUUCUUGGUUGAAUAAACAUGUACAUAUUUGUUUUCCUAGGCUAAGAUUUUAUUAUUGUGGAGCUGCAGUUGUACAUUUACGAAAAUUAAAAUUUAUUGUAUGAAUAAUCAACAAGUACAUGUCUGUCAGCAUAUCUGCUCUUUACAGUUCACUUUUAUUUGUAUUGUGUGAAUUUUUUAUAAAAUUAUUUUCUAGGCCAAUGAAGGGGGACUAUAUAAAAGUACAAAAUAUUGCCAGACCAAAACGUCCACUUUUCUUUUUUAUUUGUGAGAAGUAGGUCCAUCAGUGUGGUUACACAGACUGGACCUGGCAUUGAACUGGCAUUUGAUGUAAUGCUUUUGACUGUAAAUAGGACUGAAAAGAUUUGUGAACCAACAAAACUCUCCAGGUUGUGUCAAUACUCCAUUUAUUCUGAAUGGUAUUUGUUUAUCUAAAGUUGUAAAAUAAACAUCAAAUCCUGGAUUCAAA